AUGGCAAGCAAGAACAAAACCACCCCAGUUCCAGUAGAGACUCCUCUAGUAGAGGACGUGGAGAUAGACCAGGUAAUAACAGUUUCAGAACCUAGAGUGAAGAUAUCAGAGGGUCUUGUGGAGAGGAGGAUGAACACGCUGCAAAAGAGAGCUACUGGUGUUCUGAACCACGACAGCAGUGAUCCUGAGGAUCAGGGUGGAGACGAGGGUGGAGAAUGUGGAGUUACUCCACCCCUGAUUGAUCUAGACAAUGAGAUGGAUCAAGCUGGGAACUCUCCCACUUUACCAAGUCCUCCAGGAUCACUGAGUCUAGGUGUUGACUCACUCUCAGAAAGUGACCAGGACCUGGAGACGGUCUCACCGUGUGAGAGAGUACAGGAGCCCUCUAAACUGGAGGUCCUUCACUACCAACCUGAUCCGGAGGUUAUGAGGGCUCUGGAUGAGAUGGCUGCACCUGCUGCUGAGAUGGAAGACAUGGUGGACACAAGUGAAUGGAACUACAAGUCUGAAGGUCGCAGUGUCACAGAGACAGAACACGGAACUGUUGCACAGAACGUCGCUAUCAAGAUGCCAGAACUUCGGGAAACGGGAGGUCCUUGCGAGGUUAAAAGUUCCAAGCGAGUGUGGUUGUUUUCAGAGAAGAACGCUCGAGCUCUAUUCCGUGACUGUGUAGGGGAAGCAGUAGGAACCUUCUUCCUUAUCUUGGUGUGUGUGGGAAGUGCUAACUCCAGGGCCCUCGUGGGACUCACUCCUGGAGAGCCUGGCGCUGUACAGUACGCUCCACUCUACUUUCUUACCAUCUCUUGUGCUUUCGGGUUCGGUAUCGGAGGUAUAGUGCACUUGUUGAGCGCUACAAGCGGUGGUCACGUGAAUCCAGCAGUCACGUGGGCUCUCUUCCUCGACAGGAGGAUCAGUGUGGUUAGAUUUGUGCUGUACAUUCUGGCUCAGUUUAUCGGAGGGUUCGCUGGAGCAGGAGCUCUAUACGGUCUUGGAUCCCACAAAGAAUUACACGAGGACAUCAAGGGAGGAAACAGCUACGACAGCACUUACAUCAGCCACGGAGAUGCGUUUGUUCUGGAGGGACUGGGAACCAUGUUCCUGGUGCUGACUAUUCUCUGUUCUAUUGAUGAGCAGAGAGGUCAUGCUGCCUCGCACCUACAACCUCUUGCUAUUGGUAUUGCUAUACUCGUCAUACACAUCUGGCUGAUACCGUACACUAACUGUGGUAUAAACCCGGUGAGAGGAGUAGUUUGGAACAUUGUUAUCGGACAGGCCACCUAUCAAACACUGGUGUUUCUGUUUGCUCCGUUUGUAGGAUCAGGGUUCGCUCUAGCUAUUUUCCAUCUCGUCCUGAAACCCUGCCCCUGCUAG